AAAAUAUUAAUAAAAAAUUUUAUUUCGUUUACUACUUUUUACUACAUGUGUAGUGUGUAGUUGUAUUAGUGUAGUAAGAAUGCGCGUGCGAGCGUUUAAAAUACAUAUUUUUAGUGUGAGUUUAGUGAGUGUUUAGUAGUUGGGUGUCUGGUGUGUUUUGGGUUAUUGGCUGCGUAGUAUAGUUUUGCGAAAUUUAUAAUAAAUUGUUAAAUAAGCAAAAAAUAAGACGGAAAAUAUAUAAACUAUACUGGAAAUUGCGUAAAUUUAAGAAAUAACGAACAAAUUAAAUAUUUACUGAAAAACACAUGGAGGGAUUCGUUGAUACAAACACCUGUAGAGCCAAUGAAAGUGAUUUGGAAGUAGUAGUUGGGGAAGCAUGUUGUUCAACAACAACUACAACUGAUAAUUGCUGUAAAACAAAUGCUGCUGAUAGUGCGAGUACUGAGAGCAGCAUGUUACCAGCAGUAGAGACAAGCGAGAAACAAUUACAACAGCCUUUGGCGGAGUGCGGUAAAGAGGUAACCGGUCUAACACAUGAGUGUGGGGUUUUUGGAGCCAUUGCUUGUGGUGAUUGGCCUACACAAAUUGAAAUCGCACACGUGAUAUGUCUGGGUUUGGUGGCCUUGCAACAUCGCGGUCAAGAAUCCGCUGGCAUUGUCACCAGCGAAGGAAAAUGUUCGAAAAGCUUCAAUAUGCACAAGGGCAUGGGUAUGAUCAGCACUCUGUUCAAUGAAGAUUCAAUGAAAAAGCUAAAGGGCAACUUGGGUAUUGGUCACACCCGUUACUCAACAUCGGCUGCCUCGGAGGUGGUCAAUUGCCAACCUUUUGUGGUGCACACAGCCCAUGGUGCCAUGGCUUUGGCCCACAAUGGUGAAUUGGUCAACAGUGAGUCGUUGAGACGUGAAGUCUUGGGUCGCGGUGUCGGUUUGUCCACACACAGUGACAGUGAAUUGAUUGCCCAGAGUCUUUGCUGCUGCCCUGAGGGUAUAUCCGAAGAAGAUGGACCCAAUUGGCCAGCACGUAUACGUCACUUUAUGCAAUUGGCACAUCUUUCCUACUCGUUGGUCAUUAUGAUCAAAGAUAAAAUCUAUGCGGUGCGCGAUGUUUUUGGCAAUCGUCCUCUGUGUUUGGGCAAAAUUGUUCCCCUCAACUCGGGCACCACUAAAGUCGAAGAUGCUGCUGCCGAGGGUUGGGUGGUAUCGAGUGAAUCCUGCGGUUUCCUAUCCAUAGGCGCCCGCUAUGUACGUGAAGUUGAGCCGGGUGAGAUUAUUGAAAUAACCCGCAAUGGUUAUCGCAGCGUAGAUAUUGUUGAGAGACCAGACUUCAAGAAAAUGGCCUUCUGUAUAUUUGAAUAUGUUUAUUUUGCCCGUGGCGAUUCCAUCUUUGAAGGACAAAUGGUGUAUUCGGUGCGAAUGCAAUGUGGCAGACAAUUGGCUAGAGAAGCACCCAUAAUAGCUGAUAUUGUUAGUUCUGUUCCCGAGUCGGGCACAGCCGCAGCUCAUGGUUUCGCCAAAGAGUCUGGUUUGGAAUUUGCUGAAGUUUUGUGCAAGAACCGUUAUGUGGGACGUACUUUUAUUCAACCUUCAAACCGUCUGCGACAAUUAGGUGUAGCCAAGAAAUUUGGUGCUCUUUCGGAAAAUGUUGCUGGAAAACGCUUGGUUUUGGUCGAUGAUUCCAUAGUGCGUGGUAAUACAAUUGGUCCUAUUAUUAAACUUUUACGUGAUGCCGGUGCGGUUGAGGUGCAUGUGCGUGUGGCCAGUCCUCCCUUACAGUAUCCCUGUUAUAUGGGCAUUAAUAUUCCCACACAUGAGGAAUUGAUAGCCAACCAAAUGAAUAACGUACAACUGGCACGUAAAGUGGGAGCCGACAGUUUGGAGUAUUUGUCCGUUAAAGGUUUGGUGACAGCGGUAAAUCUAAAUCGUCAACCCAUUGAUCCCAGCAAGAGUAGUCAUUGUACUGCUUGUUUGACAGGAGAAUAUCCCGGUGGUUUGCCCGACGAAUUGAGUUGGUAAAGCUAACAAUUACGGUAAAAAAAGCGCCAUCCAGAUAGUGAUUGUAAGAAAUUACAUUUUAUAUUUUAAUGUUUUUUUUCUUUCUUAAAUGUAGUUCGGGGCUUCCUAAAAGCAAAUGGUAAAUAAAAUGCUUUUGAAUAAAAAUAAUAAACAUCUCUAAUUAAACAAUUGUUAGAAAUAUUUGAAAUCUUUUUACCAUCUGCGUAAAUUUACUACUAAUGUUUAAUCAAUUUCUCAACAAUCCUUUUUUAAUUUUUAAUAAUGGCAUUUAACUUUAACAUUUAAUACUAAAAAUAAUGUAUAAUAUAUACCUCAACUACAAACAAAAAA